AACCACCAACUCUUGCUGGCAACACCACCGCCGCAGCCAUGACUGGGCGGAAGCGGUCGCGCCAUCAGGCCUAUGUCGAAGACGAAGAUGGAAUCGAGGUGGAGAGCGCAAGCUCGUCAUUUCGCCACAACAACGCGAACCACAAGCGAACAAAAGUCGCGAUGGCACAGGCAGUGGGCGGAGCAGUCUUGUCUGACGAGGAAGCCGACUAUGUUGACGAAUUCCUCAUGGACGAUGUCGAACAACCGGGGGACGACUAUUCCGAGCUCGAUUACACAGUGCGUCAGAACUCGAGCGACGAUGAGCAGGAAGACGAUGAGGUGGACGAGAUCAAGGCAACGCAGUUCGUAGAAAGAAGGCUUAGGGAGCAUAGAAACAACGUGGCUGCUGACUCUGGUGUCAUCGAGAGUGUCUACAUGCGCAACUUCAUGUGCCAUACUAACUUGAUAAUUAAACUUGGACCCCUGAUAAACUUCAUCAUCGGCCACAAUGGAAGUGGCAAGAGUGCCGUCUUGACUGCUUUGCAGAUCAGUUUGGGCAACAGGGCUUCCGGCACAAAUCGUGCCAAGACGCUCAAGGAGAUGAUCAGGACCGGCUGCGACAGUGGGAUGGUGGGCGUGAAGAUCAAGAACGAAGGCGAGAAUGCCUACAAACACGACCUGUACGGCGACAUACUUACUGUAGAACGCCAUUUUACAAAGAGCGGCUCAAGUGCUUUCAAGCUCAAGAGCACAGACGGCAGAAUCAUCACUACCAAGAAAGGAGACUUGGACGAUGUCCUUGACCACUUUGCACUCCAAAUGGAUAAUCCAAUCAACGUUCUUACGCAGGAUCUCUCGCGUCAAUUCCUAGCGAACAGCACUCCAGCUGAGAAGUACCGCUUUUUCAUCAAAGGCACACAGCUGGAGACCCUUGAUAGCGACUACAACCUCCUCGAAGAGCAUCUGGACGGCACGGAAGCUCAACUACAAACGCGCGAAGAAAUGAUUGCGGAGCUGCGGCGAAAGGAGACUGAAGCACGGGACAGGGUAAAACGUGCUGAAAGGACUCGAGGUCUGGAAGAGCGGUUUCGCCACAUUUCUCGGCAGCACGCGUGGGCACAAGUUGAGCAGCAAGAAGAAAUCCUUGCAUACUAUCAAAGGGAUGUGCUAGAUGCUGCAGGAGAGGUACAAGACAAAGAGCGAAUUGGCGAGGAGGCCAGCGCCAGAUUUGAGGCAGAGGAUAUUGGAGUCGAGGCCGCGAAGCGUGGUGCUGAGAGCCACCGAGAGAACCUGGCACCGCUCGCCCAGGCGUGCGAGGACGCGAAAGAGAAGUUCCAGGAGAAUAAAAGGGCCCUUGUGAACCACGUGACGGAGGAGCGUACUAUCAAAACAAGCAUGAAGGCGCACAAGAAGACCGUCACACGCCUAGAAUCAGAAGUCCAAGAAGAGCGGCAAAGGCUGGCCAAUAGGCACGGCGAAGCGCACAUGGAACGCGAAAGACGGCACAGUGAGCUGAAGAAGCAGGCAGGCGAAGCCAAAGCAGCUUUUGACGAACAUCGCAAGGAGUACCCAGAUCUCGAAAAGGCUGUCAAAGACGCCCAACAGCGGCUCCAGGAGGCUGCGCAGCCCCUCGAUGCAGCGAGGAACGAUGUCAACGAUGCUCGUGCAGCGCUCAAUCGUGUUUCUAAUCAGCAGGGCCGUAAAUACGCACCGUAUCACCCCAAAAUGGAAGAUCUGUGUAACGCAAUUGCGCGAGAGACACGAUUCCGGGCGAAACCGGUGGGACCCAUGGGCGUACAUGUGCAAUUACUAAAACCAGAGUGGAGCUCGCUCGUCGAGGUCACGUUCGGCAACAGCCUCGACUCAUUCGUCGUUACGAGCAAAUAUGAUCAGAACAUCCUACAGUCAUUGUCCGGCAGAAUAGGCUGUCCUGCAAAUGCAAUCAUCGUAUCCCCUGGUGCGUUCAGCACCGCUGGCAAGGAACCUGAAGACGAAAACGUGGACACAAUUCUUCGUGUGCUUCGCAUCGACAAUCCACUUGUGAAGCAGGCUCUCGUGAUCAACCAUAGCGCUGAGCAGACUGUCCUGAUUCAGGAUAUCGCGGAAGGGAAAGCCUACAUGUAUGGCAGCGGACGGCGUAAGAAUGUCAGGGCCGUGCUGACUAUUGCAAAAACGCGAGGUGAGGGUCAGCGAUGGGAAUGGAGUCGCGGCGGUGGUGAGAAGUCUUCGGGAGUGAGGAAGCUGCAACGUGCCCCCAGAAUGAAGGCCGAUCGAGAGCAAGAAAUUCAAGCUCGCCAAAAAGAUGUCCAAAGCGCGCAGCGUGCUGUGGACUUGGCUGAGCAGACUCACCAAGCUACUCGGCGUGCCCAUGAGCAGGCAAAGCAAGCAGUGGUAGCGCACAAGCGCGAAGGCAGUCGGCUGAAAGUUGCGCAUCAGCAGGCGGAUGAUGCUGUAGUGGAGAUUCAGAACGAAAUUGAUGCGAACCGUCCGCAAGAUGGUAAACUGCAAGAACUCGAGGCCCAGCUCCAAGAGGCUCAGGCUGAGCACGAAGCGGCCAAGGCUUCCCUCCAAGAUGCAAUGGAUGCCAAGAUUGAGUUGGACGAGAAGGCGCAGACGCUGAAGCAGACUAUGGAUCAGGCUCAGAGUGAGGUAGAUAAAGUGCAAGCCCUCCUGGACGAAGCCGAAAAGCAAAUUGAAGAACGCAAGGAGGACCGGAAAGAAGCUCUUUUUGCGAAGAAUGCUGCUCUGAACAACAUUAUGAAAAUCAAGGAGCAGCACGAACGGCUCCAGAAAAAGGUCACGACGCAGGAGCAGCAAGUUGAAUCGUUUUCAGGCCUAGCGCUCCAGAUCAGCGAGCGUGUCCGUGUCGAGGAAGGUCAGACGCCCGAUAUGCUCGACCAGCUCUUGGACAGGUUGAGGGAGGAUAUUAAAAGGGCGACAGAACAGCAGGGUGGUACCAAGGAACAGCUGGUUACUGCGCAUAAAGAAGCUCAACUUCGUCUGGAAGAAGCUAAUAACGAGACCAAGGGAAUGAAACAAACCGUUGCGACACUCAAGUCGACGCUGACGGAGCGUCGUCGGCGUUGGGGACUCUUCCGCAAAUACAUUUCUAUGCGAACCCGGAUUCAAUUCAACUACCUGCUCAGCGAGCGCAGCUUCCGCGGUCGUGUCCUUCUCGACCAUGCCGACAAGAAACUGGACAUCCACGUGGAGCCUGAUAUGACGAAAGCGUCCGACUCGGGUCGGCAAGCGAAGACGCUCAGUGGUGGCGAGAAGUCGUUUUCGACGAUUUGUCUGCUGCUCAGUAUCUGGGAAGCCAUGGGAUCUCCCAUUCGAUGCUUGGACGAGUUCGACGUGUACAUGGAUAGCGUCAAUCGCGCGCAGAGUAUGAGACUCAUGAUCCAGACUGCUCGGCGUUCAGUGGGACGACAAUUCAUCCUGAUUACUCCACAGAGUAUGAAUAGCGUGGAUUUGGGCGAUGAUGUACACGUUCACAAAAUGGCUGAUCCCGAGCGUCAGACGAGACUCCUCGAAUUUGGCGCGGCUUCUGGAGUGUGAGGUUGCUGCAUGAAGUCAGCCUUUCUCUCUCUCUUCGUUUUGCAUAUUACGAUACCACUUGUUGGCCACGACUAUGAUACCACCACCACCACCACCAUGAACAUAUAUCAUCCUAUUGUCUCUGAUUAUGGCGUAUAGGCCAUAGCGCUUACAUGUAUACAUGGGCCGCAACAGCAUUCAUCCAUCGGUACGGCUACAUACGAUAUCUUCGUCGAUAUGGGUCCAUGGGAUACGACAAUCCGUAUUUAAGAGAAAAGAAGGUAGUGCCAAGACUUGCGGGCGGGCGACGGCCAGACGCUGAUUCGUCCGGCACAGGCUCGCUUGACACGCUAUCAAGGCGGAGCGGAGCAAAGAUAAGCUCAAGGCAAUGGAAAGCUUUCUCCCGACGUUACAUGAGCCUCUUACAGAAUAGAUGUAUCAAAGUAAU